AUGGGUGUCAUCACUCUCGCGAGUGGGCCAAGACCUCCAAGAGGGAGCUGUUCAGAGGAGACCGACUCAGAGGAGAAGAGGCUGGCUGUGGCUGAGGGCGGCCAGUCACGUUGUUCGGCCAGCAAGAACGGGGGGUCCACUCGCUCCGUCACAGCGCUCUUGGCGCCAGAAGUUAUUCUUGGUUUGAUUCAGACAGAGAAGAUGUCGUCGCAGGACUACUACGGUCAACAACAACCUCACUACGGUGGGGGAUAUCCCAACCAGCCUCCUCAAGCUCACCCUCCCCAAGGCGGCUACUACCCUCCUCAACAGCCCGGUUACGGACCUCCUCAGGGCUACCCUCCCCAAGGCUACCAACAACCCCCUCCACCACAACAGUACCAACAAGAGCAGCGCGGAGGUCGGGACCACGGCUGUCUAGGCGCUUGUCUUGCCACACUGUGUUGCUGCUUCCUGUGCGAGGAGAGCUGUGAAUGCUGUUUCGAUUGCAUUGAGUGCUGCGAGGGAUGUUAA